UUUACGCUAAGAGAUGAAACAAAUCGGAAAAUAGCAACCUACAUCCAGAAGAACAAGAAUCAGCGAACGAAAUCUUCCCAUUUCUUCUCAAUUUAUUAAUAUAUCUCAAAGGUAAACAAUCACUCUUUCCUUUACACAUUAUCUCUCCUCUGUGUGUGUGUGUGUGUGUGUUUUUGUGUGUGUUUGAGCUAUGCUCAACACUUGUGUAACUUCAAAAUUCUCACUAAGAAGAAGAGAAUCACUUCCAUUUUCAACAAAUGAAUACUCUUAUUGCUCGAUCGAAAGAAAUCCGUUACCCUAUUCAUCAUCGACGCCGUGUUGUUCGUGCUGUUCUUACCCAAUGUACAAAUCGCCCUUACCCCAAACCUAUUGCUUCAAUUUGUACGGAUUGAGGCAAUCCUCUUUAAUUCAGUGGUCGCCUUACAGAAAAUUGAUUCCGGGCGGUUUCGAUCGGUGCAAUUAUGCCCGAUUGCCGUUUCGCGAUGUUGAUAGAAGUUGUUAUUGUGAUAAAGUUUGCAAUUUUAGGGAUAGAAGUGUGGGUGUGAGAAAAGGGGGAAUGGUGAAGCGUUUGGUGUACGAGGAGAGGAGUGAUUUUGGGGGUUUGGAUGAGGCUGAGGCUGUACUUAGUUUGCUUACGGAGGAUUUUGACGAGGAGUGUUUUCGUGUGAGUAAGGAAACUAGACGAUUUGUGAAGAAACCGUUGGUGGAGAAGAGAGAGAAUGGUGGGGGUAAGAAGAAGAGCAGAGUUGUUGAGAUUGAUGAUGACGUGGAGAGUGAGCGUAGGUGUGAGUGUGGAUCGGUGGUUAGGUCGAGGAUGAAGGAUAGUAGGAGAGAGGAGAUUAUUCGGAGGAGAGUAGAGAAUGAGGAUCUAUUGAGGGAAGAAGUGGUGUUACAGGAGCAGCUUAAGAUUGCUUCGAAGAAUCGAACGGCGAGAGAAAAGGAAGGGAGGGAGGCUUUGUUGUUGAGAAAAACGAACCGAAAGUUUGAGGAGAAGGAAGAGAGGGAAUCUACGUCGAGAAAAGAUAAUAGGAAGGUGAGUUCGAGAACGGAAGAGAGAGAAGAUUUGUUGAGGAGAGAGGAGCAGAGGCAGAAGGUGAGGAAAGAUGGAUCGAGUUGCUCUUCGUACUACUCCGUGUCUUCGACUGGUGAUGUUGACAGUGAGAACGAGAUUGAGAAUGAGAAUGAGAACUCGUUGAGUGUUCGUAAAAGUAACUCGAGAAGAAAUGAGAUGGUUUACCGGGAUUCUAGGGAAGAGGAUAAAAGGCAUGAGGAUUAUAGAGAAGAGUAUGGGGCUAGUUUGACGAAGAAAAACACAGAAAAAGAAUUCUAUGGUGGAUCGAGUGUAGUUGAGUUGAUCAUAGAAAGAAAUCGGAGAAGAGCUUUAACGAUGUAUCGGUGGAAGAGAUGGAGUCUAGAAAAGAAAACUCGAGGAAGGAAUCGAAUUAUUUCGUCGGAACGUAGAAAUAAUUAUGAGAGGUUUGCUGAUCAUUAUGUGAGCCAUGAUGACACAAAGGUAAAAUUCGCUGAAGAGAGAAAACAAGAGCUCAGACAGACAGACGAUGAUGUUUCGAGGCGGUCUGAAACAAGAAUAAAGUAUAAACAACAUGUGGAAACGCAAGAUGCCCGAAGUGACGAUUUUAGAGCUUCUUACGGCUCUCAAAAAGUAUACGUUGGCAAAAACGAGAUUUCUGCUAAAGUUGAAAAUUCAAGUCAGCAAAGAGUUGGAGAACAGAAAGUAGCAGCUGGGCUUAGAACUAAUAGAGAAGAUGAGUAUCGGAGAAAUUCUCGCAAGAUUUCUGAAAUAUCGGAAAUUCAAGAAAUUGAUGUUACAAAGACUUCCGUUUCUCAGCAAACGUUUGAAACCAGUGUUAAGAAGGAAGACUACUCGUCCAGUGUUCUUAGUUCUGUUAAUAAUGCAGCAAAGCUUCAACAACAAUAUGGUCAAGUAAGUGGCCUCGUAGAGUCGAGCAGCUCCCAACAAAUGAGCAAAAAAGAUGGUAAGUCGAGUUUAAAGACGGAAUCGGAUAAACUUAUUACACGAGAAGAGAGAGCCAAGUUAGCUUACGGAUCAUCUUUAGAAUCCGACGAGAGACGCUCCCAGAGACAUGCCAAAAUUAUCAAGAAAGAUCAUUCGAUAAAUGAAUCUGAUAAAUCGACCAAAAUAUCAGUCACUCAAUCUGAAAAUUCUGGUGCAAUUUAUAUAGUGGACACAAAUAAUACUAAAUCGGAUACACCAGUGAGAACUUCGUCUUAUUUACCAGAAACAGGUCCGUUAUCUCUAAGGCCGGAAGGUGAGAUUGUUACUACUGAUGGAAGUUUACAAUUUGAUUCUAAUCUCGACGGAUCUUUUGAGUUUCAUCAUGGGGUAUCUGGUGGGGCCGGAAGCAGUAGUUCUCAAGGACAGCCUUCAGAGUUCGUCUCACAUAAAGAUGCAAUUGAUUCUGCUGCUCGAUUGGAGAAGUCCUCAGCACAGUAUGUUGACCAGUUUGUUGACCAUGUAAGGAACGAGGUUUUGAGUUCCGAAAUCCAAAGGGAGAAGAAAACUUCCGAAACUAAAUCUGUGCAUGAGGAGAUAACGCAAUCGAAGAAGCACACCUUAAGUGGUGAUGGACAGCUGUCUGGAGCAAAGGGCCCCGCAGAUGAAAUGUGGACUGUAAACGAACCAUCUGUGCAGGAUACCUCGAAGGUAAAAGUCCAGGAUAAUACAAGUGAAGCUGGCAAUGCGAUUGUGAAGAGAACUGGAAGGUCGUUAUGGAACGUGUUUGCGGAUAUUGUUCGUUUGAGGUGGUCCCCGCAUUCUGAAAGUCACAGCUCGGGGAGAAAAACGGGUGAGAGAAGUUCGCCCAAUCAAUCCACGAGUAGUGGAACUUGGUUUUCUGGUCAAGAAGCAGAGCAAUAUGAAGAGGGAACCGAAGAAAAGGAAGGGAGGAGUAUUACACAAGGUUCAUCUGGCAGCUAUCGAGAAGAAAAAAAACCCGCCGAAUCUAUUGUCAAAGAGGGUUCCACCUCAUCAACUUCAAAUGAACCAUCACCCUCAGUUGCUCCAGAAAGAGGUUCACAAUCAUUCCAUGGUGGAGAUAUUUCUGACGGUGGUUUUACUGACACCUCUUCGGCUGUAAUAAUUGGUUCGUCGGUUCCUAUACCUGCAUUGAGGAUGCGAAGAUCGCCAGCUGUGCGAGGGGUUUCAGAAGGCGUAGAAGCGAAUACACCUGGCAGUGGCGUGAGUGAGCCGUUAAAUACUGGACAGGUGGACCAAUCAGAACCGUCGGUUAGCGAAGGGGAGCUGAAACGAAGGAAACUUCUGCGAAAAGACCAAGUCGUGAAAGAUAGGUUCGAUGAAUGGGAAGAAGCGUAUACGAUUGAAGCAGAGCAGCGAAAAACUGACGAAACGUUUAUGAGAGAAGCACUUUUGGAAGCACAAAAAGCUGCUGACAUGUGGGAGGUGCCGGUGGGGGCUGUUUUAGUGCACAACGGAGAGAUAAUUGCCCGUGGCUACAAUCUGGUAGAAGAGCUGCGUGACUCAACUGCACAUGCAGAGAUUAUAUGCAUAAGGGAAGCUUCAAACGCGCUCAAAUCAUGGAGGCUUUCGGAAACAACGCUCUAUGUGACGCUCGAACCGUGUCCAAUGUGUGCUGGAGCAAUACUUCAAGCUAGAAUAGAUACUGUUGUAUGGGGAGCUCCUAACAAGCUUCUCGGAGCUGACGGCAGCUGGAUUAGGCUAUUUCCGGGUGGUGGUGAAGGAAGCAGCUCCGAACAAAGUGACAAACCAGCUGCUCCGGUACAUCCAUUCCACCCUAAGAUAAUUAUCAGGCGAGGAGUUUUGUCGAAUGAAUGUGCAGAGGCAAUGCAGCAAUUCUUUAAACGGAGGAGAAAGAAAGAAAAGAAACCCGAGAUUCCGUCGUCUUCUUCUUCCACUACUUCGUCGACACCUCCUUCGUGCCUUCCAAUCACACACCACCGUCCCUCCAAAUUCUUGACGAAGAUGCACAAUGCCUUCCACAUAUUCUGCGUGUAAGCUAUAAUUACAGGAAGAAUGCAUUUCCCACUCUCUUCUUCACUGAAAAAAAUCAUCUUUGAUUGUAAUCAUAUUCUUGAUAGUGAAUUCUAGAGAGGUAAUUUAAUGGAUUUCUGUUUUAUUGAUCAAGAUUCGACACCAGAUUCGGGUUUUUUUAGCCAUUAUCCGAGCUUUAUUGAAAA